UGCUUCUUCUCUCCCCCAGACAGUUACGCGCAUAUCCUCUGACAGGCUCCCCUUGGCAGGGCCAAGCGUAGCCACAGUCUAUGUCCCUUGCAGGAACCAGCGUUUCCUCCAGCUAGCUAGUAUUUCCCGCGGCACGGCUCGGGUUAGUGCGGAGUGUACCGAGCACGAAAACAGGGACCAGUUUGCCCCCAAACCCCUUUUCCUCGCGGUGAUGCGUCCUCGUGGCCAUUGGUACCUGGACAAGGGUUCAAAAAGAAAGGGGAAUGGUUGAGCCCCCCUUCCCCCCUCAUGAAAUCAAGAUUCGGUGGCUGCCCUGUGUUACGAUGCAAAUAGAUUGCCGCCUGUCAUCUCCACGAUUAGGCAAUGCGAGGAAAACAGUUUGGCGUGGUUUUUUCUUUCCUUUUUCCUUUUUGCGCCGGUGGAACUUGGCAUACCUGUUGGUGGCGUUCUGGGCAGGGGGUUGAGAAUGAUUGCUUGUCUAUCUUGCUUCUGCUGGUUCAGACACGGCUUGGGACACCCACCCAAGAAGACUUCGAUGACUCGAGCGGCCAGCACCUACUCCGUCUUUCCGGUCUGGGCAAUACAUGUUCACCUUCAUAUGGGAUGCUUGGCAUGAAAGAAAAGGGAGGGCAUAUUGGGGGACGGGCGAUAAUAGCGGGUGGGGGACAGUACGAACAGUGUGUGCUUUGAGUCUUUGUUGUUCCUUUAAAGACCGAGUCUGCGUCUUUGAAAUCUCCGAUCUUGAAGAGGGUAAUUGUUUAUGGGUCUUUGAAAAGUUUGACUGGCUUCACGUUUGCAACGCUCACCUCCUAAGCUUGAUCGUUGUCUUUGGACAUUCAGACGC